CUGGGGGGAAAGUUAAUGAUUAUUCGCACCCCGAUUCCGUGUCCCCGAAGUUUCCUCUUUGGAUUGACAGGGUGCGCGUCAGAGCGCACGGUCCCGCCUCCUGCCUGUGGAGCGCUUGGUGCGUCUCUCUCCUGCUGUCUACUUCAAACCCAUAUUCCGCUGGGGAACGGCAAAAGAAGACAGAGGGAGAGAGAGAGGAAGAUUGAGUGUGUGUGUGAGAGAGAGAGAGAGAGAGAGAGAGAGAGAGAGAGAGAGAGCGGGACCAGAGAGAAGAGAAACGCGAGAAAAAGAAGAGAGGAAAAAAGCAGAGCCGCGUUGCAAAUGGCACUCAUGGCAGGGAUUUUGUUCACAGUCACCGUUCUUAUUUCUGGGAUUUCUACGAUUGGUUCCUCGGCACGGGUAUACCCUCCAAACGAAGUCACCUUAUUGGACUCCAGGGCCGUACAGGGAGAGCUGGGAUGGGUCGCCAACCCGACGGAAGGAGGGUGGGAGGAAGUGAGCAUUAUGGACGAAAAGAACAUCCCCAUCCGUACAUACCAGGUGUGCAAUGUCAUGGAGCCAAAUCAGAACAACUGGCUCCGUACUGACUGGAUCCCCCGUGGAGGUGCCCAGCGUGUCUACAUUGAGAUCAAGUUCACCCUGCGGGACUGCAACAGCUUGCCAGGGGUCAUGGGAACUUGCAAGGAAACCUUCAACCUUUACUACUACGAGUCUAACAAUGACAAAGAGCGCUACAUCCGCGAGAAUCAGUUCAGCAAAAUAGACACCAUCGCUGCAGAUGAGAGCUUCACUCAGGUUGAUAUUGGGGAUCGCAUCAUGAAGUUGAACACGGAGGUCCGGGACGUGGGCGCCCUGACACGGAAGGGCUUCUAUUUGGCAUUCCAGGAUGUUGGAGCGUGCAUAGCUCUGGUUUCCGUCAGGGUUUUCUACAAGAAAUGCCCUUUAUCCGUACGAAACUUGGCCCAGUUUCCUGAUACCAUCACUGGUGCUGAUACUUCCUCGCUGGUGGAAGUUCGUGGCUCGUGUGUGGAUAAUUCAGAGGAAAAGGAGGUUCCUAAGAUGUACUGCGGAGCUGAUGGAGAGUGGUUGGUGCCUAUAGGGAACUGCCUGUGCAACCCUGGAUAUGAGGAACGCAAUUUAGAAUGCCAAGCCUGUAAGAUUGGCUACUACCGUGCCCUGGCUACUGAUGGCUCCUGCUCCAAGUGUCCACUCCACAGUUACUCCGUAAGGGAGGGCUCCACCUCUUGUGCCUGCGACAAGGGAUACUUCCGCUCCGAAACUGACCCAGCAUCCAUGCCCUGCACCCGCCCUCCGACCGCACCUGUCCACCUCAUCUCCAAUGUAAACGAGACUUCCGUAAACCUGGAAUGGAGCCCCCCUCGGAGCUCUGGGGGCCGCCAGGACCUGACAUACAACGUUGUGUGCAAGCGCUGUGGACCCGACGGCCGCCGCUGCCAGCCCUGUGGCAACGGCGUUCACUUCAGCCCCCAGCAGCUGAGCCUGAAGGGAACCAGGGUGUCCAUCAACGAGCUGCAGGCACACACCAACUACACCUUCGAGGUGUGGGCUGUGAACGGCGUCUCGCCUCAGAGCCCGGGGCCGGAGCAGGCUGUGUCCGUGACUGUCACCACCAACCAAGCUGCCCCUUCUCCAGUAACUUCCAUCCAGGCAAAGGACAUCACCAGACAUACCAUCUCACUGGCCUGGCAGCCACCAGAAAGAUCCAAUGGUGUCAUCCUGGAGUAUGAGGUCAAGUAUUACGAGAAGGACCAGAACGAAAGAAGCUAUCGCAUCAUAAAAACAUCAUCUCGAAGCACAGACAUCAAGGGCCUCACCCCUCUCACCUCUUACGUAUUCCAUGUGCGCGCUCGCACUGCAGCUGGCUACGGUGAAUUCAGCGGGCCCUUUGAGUUCAUGACUAACUCCGUCCCUGCUCCAAUAAUAGGUGACGGGGCCAACUCUACAGUGCUGCUGGUGUCCGUGGUGGGCAGCGUGGUCCUCCUGAUUAUCCUGAUCAGCGCUUUCGUCAUCAGCCGAAGGAGUAAAUACAGCAAGGCUAAGCAGGACUCUGACGAAGAGAAGCACUUACAUCAAGGAGUCAGGAUAUACGUUGACCCCUUUACCUAUGAGGACCCCAAUCAAGCCGUUCGAGAAUUUGCCAAAGAGAUUGACGCUUCCUGUAUCAAGAUCGAGAAAGUUAUUGGCAUUGGGGAGUUUGGUGAGGUCUGCAGCGGCCGCCUGAAAAUGCCUGGCAAGAGAGAGAUCUGUGUGGCCAUAAAGACUCUGAAGGCAGGCUACACCGACAAGCAGAGGAGGGACUUCCUGUCUGAGGCCAGCAUCAUGGGCCAGUUUGACCACCCCAACAUCAUUCACCUGGAGGGCGUGGUCACCAAAUGUACGUUCAGUAAGCCGGUGAUGAUUAUCACGGAGUACAUGGAGAACGGAUCGCUGGAUGCCUUCCUGAGGAAGAAUGAUGGUCGUUUCACAGUCAUCCAGCUGGUUGGCAUCCUGCGUGGUAUUGCAUCAGGCAUGAAGUACCUGUCUGACAUGAGCUACGUUCACCGCGACUUGGCCGCUCGCAACAUCCUGGUGAACAGCAACCUGGUGUGCAAGGUGUCUGACUUUGGCAUGUCGCGAGUGCUGGAGGAUGACCCGGAAGCUGCUUACACCACCAGGGGAGGCAAGAUCCCCAUUCGCUGGACGGCCCCGGAGGCCAUUGCUUACAGGAAGUUCACCUCAGCCAGUGAUGUGUGGAGCUACGGAAUCGUCAUGUGGGAGGUGAUGUCAUAUGGCGAGCGACCAUACUGGGACAUGAGUAACCAAGACGUGAUCAAGGCCAUUGAUGAAGGCUACCGGCUGCCUCCACCCAUGGACUGCCCUGUGGCCCUCCACCAGCUCAUGCUGGACUGCUGGCAGCGAGAGAGAGCUGACCGGCCAAAGUUCGGACAGAUCGUCAACAUGCUGGACAAGCUGAUCCGCAACCCUAACACCCUGAAGAGGACUGGAGGAGAGACCACUGUCAGGCCCAACACCACCCUGUUGGAGCCAGGGAGCCCAGAGGCGUCAGCCGCAGUGGGUACAGUGGAGGACUGGCUGCAAACCAUUGGCAUGGAGAGAUACAGUGACAACUUCACUGCAGCUGGCUACACCACUCCUGAAGCUGUGGUCCACAUGACAGAAGAGGACAUGACACGCAUAGGCAUCUCCUCUGCUGCACACCAGAACAAAAUCCUGACCAGCGUCCAGAGUAUGCUGUCCCAAAUGCAACAGAUCCAAGGCAGAAUGGUUCCUGUCUGAGAGGAGGAAGCAAAGGAAUCAAAAAGACAUUUUUUUCUUAUAAAAGAAUGAAUACAUAAUAAAAAACAACAAAUAUACAAAAACAGACAAAUAAACUAUGAAGAAAUAGUUUACCUCAUCAAUGCACUUUAAAUUGGAUCUAAAAGAAAAUAAGGACUUGAUGAAGAAAAAAGGUGUCUAAAAUGGCACUUUUUCAAAAAUCUGACCUUUACCUAGCCCUUUUUGUUGUUUCUGAGAAUGAAACACUUCUGUUUGAACCAUUUGUGGGAUUCAUGGAGGGGGCGGCUGAAAACGUGCUUCCGAGAGGCCAAUCUGGAGUGCCUUUAAAGGUCUGGAAGGAAGGAGGGAGACGUUGGAAUCUUAUGUAUCUUCCUCCUCUUGGGCAAACAGUUAUCUCUUGGAACUUUCUUUCUGGAAUAAUCUAAGGGGCAAACUAUUUGAAUUUCUGUGACUGUGUUUAUUGUACAUGACUUGUUUCUGCGGGACUCACAGGCUGAACCGGCCACCAUUGUUCUCUUUCUCUUUCUGUCUGCUGGAUAUGUUUGAUAUCUCUCAGAAAGUGGAGAAUGCUACCUGUGAAUAUCUCAGAGUUGAGGGCUGCAUUCUUGGGGGAGAUGCUGGUGCAGUGAAGGCUUAGUUCAAGGAGCUCGUUUUUGGUUUUGGCUUCCUCUGGCCUUGUUUUUCUCCCAGAAUGCUAGAUUUUUUGCCCUCUGGGUGUUACAGAGAAUGUCUCUGAUCUUCCAAAGGAGACUUCCCACACCGCUGUCUUCCCAAAAACCAGCCCUCCUACACCUUCGAUAAACACACACUUUGGAUUCUUCCAUUCGUCUCCCAUUGGAAUCAAAGCCUUCACCUCACUGUUACUGCAGGAGCCACAGACUCUUCCUCACUGCUUUCAAUGGACGCUUGUUUGGAACGCCUGAAUUGAUUGCAUAAACCGGAGGCAAGAAGAUGGAAUUUACUCUUACUAAAAAGGAGAAUGUGGAUAUAAAUGGAAUCACAACCAUCAGCUACAAGAAUAAAUAACAAAAUAAUGGAGGAUUACUGUAGCUGUCAUCAAGAUGCUGCCGUCCAUCAAAAACUCGGUAAUCUCGGCCUUGCUUGCCACGACUGGAAUUCUUCUUGCCGCAACUCUUCCUCGUCAUCCUGCAUCCACCUCUGCUUCAUGACCUCUCCUUUGGGGGCAUCUCCUCCACCAAUAAGAAAACGAAUCCACCCACAAGCGCCUGUAACGUUCAUCGUAACAGCAUCUCGGCUUGACGGUGUAGCCACCCCCAUGCUUGUGGCCAUCCGGCGAUGAGCUGGAGUUACAAAGAAUGAAUUUAACAGCUUAAAAAAAAGAGACAAGAAGAAGAAUGUAACAUAACAGAGAAAACCUGCUCCGGUGGAUGAUGUACUUUUUUAAAUCACUUCAUGUGUGAAAAUUUUUUUUAUUUGCUCUCUUUGCAUGUAGAGUAACAAGAGUUUAAUUUGAGUGUGAGAAUGAGAUCGGUGUGUGUGUGUUGUCUGAUUGUCAAAGUCUCCAUUUGUAAUUGUGUCUGUUUUCAUGUCACUGUAAGAAGGGGGGAGAUUACAGAGUUGUAUAGUUUUUGAUAUGAAAAGAGAAAAACCCUGGAAUAUUUUUUUUGCUUUUUGUGUCAUCUAUGAAAAAAAGAGAACAUAAGGUGUGUUGCUGACAUCAUGCAUACUUUCCUCUGUGACAGCAUUUAAUGAACAGCUUUCGAGAGUGGGUCCCAUUUGGAGCAGCUUGCAACUGGACGCAUAGAGACACAACUGAGAUACUAAACAUCUCCAGUGCAUACAAACGCAUAUUGGAGUUUGGACUCUCUGUGCUCAUUAUGAAUCAUGGAGGAGACACUUUCUGGAUGUGGGACAGAGCAAAGGAUCAGAGGAGAGAGAGGGGAGGCAUUGUCUUAAACUGAUUUGUUGUUUAAUUUUACAGACCAUGUAAUACAGCUACAGGUUGAACACAAUGGACUUUAUACUCUUAAUAGACAGUUCAUAUACAGUAAUACAACACCUCCGACCUUAUUACAGCUCUGCAAUCUUUCCUAUUUGUUUCUCUUUGGCGAGGUGGGAAAGUGGUUAUCUCUUGAAAACGGACCUGUUUGGAUAUAUGCAAGACAUGCAAGGAAGGAGAAGGAACCCAGAAUGUACUGUAAAAUAUUUUUUCCUCUACCUAAAUGUCAAAUAAGUAAAAAAAAAAAAAGAAAAAAAAAAUGAACAUAAUGCAACGGUUAAUGUUUGUCAUUGUAAGCCUUCCGAUGCCAUAAUGAUCUAGCCACGUAGAUCUAACAUCCUUUUGAUCCUUUUUGUAUUGUUUUUCUUUCUUCAGACAUUAUAAUUUUUUUAUUUCUUUUUGUUUUGGUCAAGGAGCUAUAGGUACGUGUAACUUAUGUCAUUUAUUUAUGUCCUUUUAUAUCUAGUUUGUAAAAUAAUAGCCUAAAGUGAAGUAAAUAAAAUGGGUGCCAAGGUGCAUCCUUAUUAAAGUAGAAAGUA